GGGUCCGGUGGCCCCUCACCACCCGCCCUGUCCCCGUAGGCCUGCCUGAUGCACGAGGCCAAGAACUUCAGCACCUACUUCCCCGUCAUCUUCUGCCUGGAGUCGGGCAGCUCCGUCACCAAGAACCUGGAGGCUUGCCUGCAGAUCUACGCCCCAGAGCUGGACAGUGGCCGCGUGGCCGCCUGCGUGCAGGGGGACACGGGGGUGGCCCUGAUGCACCACAACGCCCAAGUGACCGAGGCGCUGGACCCCCCGCACCAGUACGUGCCCUGGAUCACCGUCAAUGGGAAGCACACGGACGAGCUGCAGGCACAGGCAGAGGCUUCGCUGCUGGGGCUGGUUUGCCACCUCUACCAGGGGGAGAAGCCUGAAGCCUGUGGGGGCUCCAAGGCCCCGAAGUUCCCGUCUGGCUGCAGGCGCUGAGGGAAGUUCUGGGAGCACCAGGAGAGAGGCAAAUAAAAAGGAUAUUUUUGU